AUGGAACAGUGGCGGCUCGCCGCCAAGGAGCUCGAUAUUCUCGAAGGCAACGAAGAAUGGAAACUCGACAACUCCUCUUCCGAUUUCGACGCCCCGCUCAUCCAGCAGUAUUUGAAGCAGCUGGAUGACGCGAGGACGAACCGCGAUAUCAAGAAGAUGCUGAAUCUAGUGCGGUCGGCGUUGUCGAGGGAAGUGGGGAACAUAUCCAAUGUCAAGCUCUACAAGCACUCACAUAUUGGCACGAAGUAUCUGAUUGAGCGCUACAUCGAUUCUACGUUGGAGACCAUUAGGGCGCUGGUCGAGAUGAGCAAGCAUAGCUUGCCAGAUGGUCUGCAACCAAAGGAUAUACUGGAGCAGGUUGUCUGUGCCCGCCAGGCCUUCGGCAGGAGUGCACUGCUAUUGAGCGGUGGCGCAACGUUUGGGAUGAACCACGUUGGAGUGCUGAAAGCCUUGUACGAGGAGAAGUUACUUCCGCGGAUCAUUUCCGGUGCUUCUGCCGGAAGUAUUGUCUGCGCGGUUCUGUGUACCCGAACGGACGAGGAAAUCCCCACGCUACUGAGAGAAUUCCCGUAUGGCGAUCUCGCAGUUUUUGAGGAGGAGGGUAAAGAGGACAGUAUCAUUGAUCGAAUACGACGACUUUUGACUCAUGGUGCCUGGAUUGAUAUUAAACAUUUGGUGAGAGUCAUGCGAUCAUUGCUAGGAGAUAUGACCUUCCAAGAAGCCUACAAUCGCACCCGUCGAAUCCUCAAUAUCUGCGUCUCUUCUGCCUCCGUUUACGAACUUCCUCGGCUCCUCAACUACGUCACCUCCCCGAACGUUAUGAUCUGGUCCGCUGUAGCGGCCUCAUGUUCCGUUCCGUUUCUCUUUUCUGCAGCUCAGCUACUCGUCAAAAACCCCAUAACCGGAGAGAAAGAGUUGUGGAAUCCGACACCUCAGCGAUGGAUUGAUGGCAGCGUUGACAAUGACCUUCCUAUGACACGAUUAGCGGAGAUGUUCAAUGUAAAUCACUUCAUCGUUUCGCAGGUCAAUCCUCAUGUGGUCCCCUUUUUGGCCAAAGACGAUGUGGCUAUUACGGAGGAGGCCAAAAAGGGUUCGGAUUCUGGUCCAGGAUGGGUCUAUACUCUUACGCAUCUUGCAAAGGACGAAGCAAUGCACCGUAUGCACAUGCUUGCUGAGCUGGGAAUCUUUCCCAACCUUGUCACCAAAGCUAGAUCUGUCUUGAGCCAGAAAUACUCGGGAGAUAUAACUAUAUUACCAGAUAUCGAUUACAAAGAUUUUCCGCGAAUGUUGAAGAACCCAACACCGGAAUUCAUGAUCCAGGCAUGUCUUGGUGGUCAAAGAGCAACUUGGCCGAAAGUGAGCAGGAUAAGGAAUCACUGCGCCGUAGAAUUGGAAUUAGACUCUGCAGUACAGGUACUUCGAACUCGGGUGGUAUUCAGUCCCAGUCAAGUCGAUCUACGACGCAUGUCGACUGUGGGUUACAGCGUCCCAAACAGGGGUGGCAAAAAACGACGAGACAGCGACAAUAGCAUCCGAAGGUUAAGCAGCAACGACGAAAACGAUGGGACCGUCCACGCCGGGCGAAGUGGUAUUUCCAGACCACCACUCCGAACAGCAAGUACGUACUGGAUCGUAAGAAGUCAUCCCACGUCACCACAUGUCACUCCGCGCCCAGUCUCACCGUAUACGCCCUUCCAAUAUCCCAAACCUCGAACUCGACGUCUCAGCCUUCAGAUCCCGGACGUCUCUUCGGCAGGCGAGACGACCUUUUCACCACCAGGCUCAGAUGCAGAUGUUGAUACGCACACCGAUGACAGCAGUCCCGAGCCUGACAUGGGUGGUGGUGGGGUCGUAUCAGGACUGGGAUUGUAUUCUCCCAAUGUAAUGGACAAUAGUCAAGACGUGUUGGAUUUCUUCUCGAGCAGUCAGCCUGUGACGCCUGGCACAGACCACGUCCUUGCCACAUCGCCCGCAUCAUCGAGGCAAAAUCUUCAUCAACCGGUGGUGGUGAAGGAUUCAGGACGGACAUGCGGGAAUAGCUCUACGGAGCCAAAUAGCCCGGAGAUCAUGUAUAAGAAGAAGUUGCUCUAUCAACCAGGAUCUGAGGAGUCAAAACUGCCACAGUGA